AUGCGAGUGAAGACGGUAAUAAGGGGUAAGAGGACGGCAGGAACCGUGCACUACUGCCCAAAAUGCGCCCAUGAGCAGGUGCCCGGGAGCGAGAUCGAUAUCUUCCCCCCUCACCGCCAACACCCCGGAGGGAUCACGGUGUCGCUGAACAAGCGCGGACGAUGGGACUUGCUGAAGAGCCUGAAGAGCCUGAAGCAGAACAAGGGCGAAAAGAAGAAGGACCCGCGCGACAAGGCACCGCAGUACUUCGACACCCCCAAGGGCACCUCCGCCUGUGCGGGAGGACCCGACCCCGAGCCGCGCGACAAGCGACCGGCCUUCCUUCACAAGAUCCGGCCGAGUAUGGUGGAGCUGAGCCGUGACGAGGUGAUGGAGGUGCUGCCCGAGAGCGACUGGGCGUACCUGGCCGACGAGCGGGGCAACGUGGCAGAGCAGUGGCUGUGCUUCUUCACCAAGCAGGGACACAGCGCCGAAGUCUACAGCGACGUCGCGGCCUGGGACUACAUCGAGGCCAUGAGCGAGGAGGACAAGCAGAGCUAUGGCACGUCCGCCACCACCCACUGCUCUCGCCUGCGAGAUAGAUCGAGCAAUGACAACGCCGAGAAGAAGGGCACGCUGUUCCAGUGCCCGGACCACGGCUCCAACAUAGAGCGCAAUCUGCGACCGGCGGCCAAGGCGCGGGGCAAGAGCAAGGGCGCCACCAAAGAGCGAACGCGAGACAGGGCCGCCUCGCUCAACCCCUCCUCUUCAUUUUGA